GGCGUGUAAAAACACCAGUUGUCUUUGAACGUUCUAAGUGUUAAUACGUGUAAUCGUGUAUUAAAUAAUUAUUAAUAACAUUAUUUCACACUAAAACAAAAUGACAAUCGAUCUGUACCUGAUGCCGAGCUCAGCUCCGUGUAGAGCUAUACUCCUCACAGCAAAGAUUCUCAACUUGGAAAUCAAUCAGAAAGUUAUAAAUUUGUUGAAAGGCGAGCAACUGACUCCGGAGUUUAUAAAGUUAAAUCCUCAACACACAAUUCCCACAUUGGUGGACAACGGUUUCUCAAUAUGGGAGUCUCGAGCCAUAAUCACUUAUCUGGCUAGCAAAUACGGCAAAGAUUCAGGGCUAUACCCUGAAGACCUGGAAGCCAGAGCCGUUGUAGAUCAGAGGCUGUACUUCGACAUGGGAUCACUAUAUCAGAGAUUUGGAGAUUAUUACUAUCCACAAGUCAUGUCCAAUGCUCCACGAGAUGAGGAGAAGUUGAAGAAAUUGGAGGACACUCUCAAGUUCCUGGACACAUUCCUGGAGGGGCAGCAAUACUUGGCGGGGCCACAACUUACCGUCGCUGACGUAUCAACAAUAGCCACAAUAUCCACCUUCGAAGUAUCCGAUGUUGACUUUAAGAAAUACCCCAAUAUCAACAGGUGGUAUGAGAAAUUGCAGGGGGAAAUUCCAGGAUACAAAGAAAUCACCGAUGCCGGGCUGGAAAAUAUGAGAGCUGUUCUAGAAGAAUUCAAGAAAGGCAAAUGAAAAGUCUCUUAUAUGAUCUUAUUAAUUACACCGCACAUUUAAUAUAUGUAAUUUAAAUUGUUUUAAAAUAAACAAAAUCUCGUUGUAGAGUCACAAGUA